UUUUUUUUUUUGCUUUUCUGGCAUUCGCCGAGGCAACAGGAACAGCGACGAACCGAGCCGGGCAGUCAAGUAAGCGGCGGACGACGAAGAAAAAGAAAAAAAAAAGCACCCGCGCGCCGAGCUACCGCGUGGGGCCGAGGAAGAGGUCACUCGAGGAGAUGAGGGACCGGAGGAAGAAGAACCGGGCGAAUAAGAAGUACAUCGGAGCUCAUGUGAGCAUUCAAGGUGGGAUGUGGAGAGCCGUGGGGUCCUGCGCAGAGAUGGGGGGCAAUUGUUUCGGCCUGUUUCUGGGCUCCCAGCGGUCAUGGAAGAGGCCUCCACUGGACCACACAGCUGCAGACAAGUUUAGGGAGCAAUGCUCCCUGUGGGAGUAUGACCCAGCACAUGUCCUGCCCCACGGGUCCUACUUGAUGAACUGUGGAUCUCCUAAAGAGGAUGUGUUUGAGAAGAGCCAGGCCCUGUUGGUGGAUGAGCUCAGCCGCUGCAGCCUGCUGGGCCUCAACCUCUACAACUUCCACCCCGGCUCCUCCCUGGGCUCCAUCACCACCGAGCAGUGUGUGGAGAAGAUAGCCAGUGCCAUUAACCGAGCUCACCAACAAACACCUGCUGUGGUUACAGUGUUGGAGAACAUGAGCGGUCAGGGCAACACGGUGGGCGGCAAGUUCUCCGAGCUGAGGAGCAUCAUCGACAAAGUGAGAGACCAGACCAGAGUAGGCGUGUGUCUGGAUACCUGUCACGCCUUCGCAGAGGGAUACGAUGUGGCUGCGGAGGGAGGGGUGAAGGCGAUGCUCGACGUGUUUGAGCAGGAAGUCGGACUCCAAUAUCUCAAAGCCCUCCAUCUGAAUGACUCCAAAGGGCGGCUGGGCUGCAACCUCGAUCGCCACGAAGACAUCGGCAAAGGUCACAUCGGAAUCUCGGCUUUCCGAGACAUCGUCAACGAGCCCAGGCUGGACAACAUCCCCCUCGUACUGGAGACACCUGGACGGCCGGGUUUCCAGUAUGCUGAGCAGAUUGAACUUCUCUACUCCCUCCACGAGUGACAAAAGGUUUCUACCGUUACUGAGUUCUUUCCUCGGCUAAACUGAACCAAACCUUCAGGAACCUUCAUCGGCCACAGCCGGUUUGUUGGGUGUGAUCGGGCUAUGAACACGACCUGAGUGAAAGUGUUGUUAGAAGCUGCCGUAGACGUGUUUGUUUGCAGUUGUCCUGUUCACGAUGAUCCUUUAGGGGGCAGCAAGGACACGCAGCUCCAGCCCGGCCUCCUCCCUCGGAUCCCGAAUCAGCCAGAGAGGGAAAAAAGGAGGAAAAACCCGAUUCAUAUGCAUGUUUGCAUUUGGCAAUAUAUACAUAAUAAUCUGAAGCUAUAUUUUUUUAUUUUGCUCAUCUGGGAUGGUGUAAGCUCCUUAUUUGUGUAGCACAGUUUGCUCUUGAGUUGUUCAGAAAAAGCACAUUUACAGAAUUAUUGUUAUUUUUCUGUAGUUUCAAUUAUGUUCUAAUUUAUAUAGUUAGUAUAUAAUUGAUAUAUUUGAUAACGCAAGACAAUUAAUUACUUUGUAGAUUGUGUCAAUAAUUCUAACUUAGAAAUAAUAACAAAUCAAUUUGAAUGUUUCAUUAAAGGAUGAUACACCAGCAAAGAGUUAUUAAAAUCUGCUCCAGUUA